AUGUCGGAAAUAGUCGAACAAUUAGAGCAGAAACCACAGGAAGUUGUAGAAAAAAUAGAACAACAAAAUACCGAGCCAAUCAACUCUAAAGAGGAAGUACCUGUUGCUGAAGAAAUAUCAGAGGAAAAUCAACCCACAAAAGACUACGGCAAAAUCUACGAAAAGUACUUGGACCGAUAUAAAAAGGCAUAUGCCAAUUCGGCAAGUCUAUUCAACAAGGAAAAGAACCAAAGAAUUACCCUAUCAUACUAUAUACGAAGAAACAACGCUAUCCUUUCCAUCCUUGACCAACUCGAACAACAACAACAACAACAACAACAACAGCAGCAAUCCGAAACUACCGAUGAAUCAGCCCGUAUCAAGAAAAUCAUAGAAACAGCUCCAAGGUUGGCCAAAGUGCUAGAUCCAUUGGCCAACCUCGACGACACUACACCUAUAUCCAAGAAACAUUUACUUAAUUGUAUUCUAUAUGAAAAGGUACCCGAUUUAAUAAACGACGACUUGAUAAACAGUGAAGUCAACCCUCAAGAUAUGGAAGCUUGGUGUCGUCGUCAUUAUCCAAACUUAGUUUCAUCCAAAUACAAACCAUUGAAUGUCCAGAAUUCCGGUGUUGUGAAUGAAUAUAGUGGAACUGAUUUCCCUUUGGUUGACAAUGAAGGCAGUAGUAUUGACAAGUUGGCUUCAAAUGGUGCAAGUAACCCCAAGAAGAAACGUAGGUUAGACAAAAAGUGA